CCGGUAUUUCGCAGGAAGGGGGGGGGGGGGUGCGUUGAGAUAGCUAGAGGAGGGGAGAGUCUUCCUGGAGGACAGGGGGAGGGAGAGAGAGCUCGGAGCGAGAGCGCGCGCGCAGAGCCCUUUGAAAGGACUUCCACUUCCUAAUGAAUAUUUAUCCGCCGCUGCUGCACUCUCCCGGCUUCUCUUACCUUUCCGCAGGUCGGUCCAUGGUCUUCCGCUCCCCCCUAGACCUCUAUUCCUCCCACUUCUUGUUGCCAAACUUCGCCGAUUCUCAGCACUGCUCCCUACUUGUGGCGAGUAGCGGCGGCGGGAGCGGUGCGGGCGGCGGCGGCCCGGGCGGCGGCGGCGGCGGCGGCGGGACCCGUGCGGGCGGCGGCGGUGCUGGCGGAGCGGGCGGCGGCGGCGGCGGCUCCAGGGCCCCUCCGGAAGAGUUGUCCAUGUUCCAGCUGCCCACCCUCAACUUCUCGGCGGAGCAGGUGGCCAGCGUCUGCGAGACGCUGGAGGAGACGGGCGACAUCGAGCGGCUGGGCCGCUUCCUCUGGUCCCUGCCCGUGGCCCCCGGGGCGUGCGAGGCCAUCAACAAACACGAGUCGAUCCUGCGCGCGCGCGCCGUCGUCGCCUUCCACACGGGCAACUUCCGCGACCUCUACCACAUCCUGGAGAACCACAAGUUCACCAAGGAGUCGCACGGCAAGCUGCAGGCCAUGUGGCUCGAGGCGCACUACCAGGAGGCCGAGAAGCUGCGCGGACGCCCGCUCGGCCCCGUGGACAAGUACCGCGUGCGCAAGAAGUUCCCGCUGCCGCGCACCAUCUGGGACGGCGAGCAGAAGACGCAUUGCUUCAAGGAGCGGACUCGGAGCCUGCUGCGGGAGUGGUACCUCCAGGACCCCUACCCCAACCCCAGCAAGAAACGCGAACUGGCCCAGGCCACCGGCCUCACCCCCACACAAGUAGGCAACUGGUUUAAGAACCGGCGACAGCGCGACCGCGCCGCGGCGGCCAAGAACAGGCUCCAGCACCAGGCCAUCGGACCGAGCGGCAUGCGCUCGCUGGCCGAGCCCGGCUGCCCCACACACGGCUCGGCAGAGUCGCCGUCCACGGCAGCCAGCCCGACCACCAGUGUGUCCAGCCUGACGGAGCGCGCGGACACCGGCACCUCGAUCCUCUCGGUAACCUCCAGCGACUCGGAAUGUGAUGUAUGAUAGCCAAGGCCGCCCUCCUCCUCCUCCUCCUCCUCCUCCUCCUCCUCCUCCUCCUCCUCCUCCUCCCCUCCUCCCCCUCUGCCUUCCCCUCCUCCUUCCAGCCUCGCUCCCCUUCCUUCUCUUCUCCAUCCCUAGAACAAACCGAAAUCAGGAUACACAGCCACAUACACACACGAGUCCAUACACGCUCCCACCCCAGCCAAAAAAAAUAUAUUUAAAAAAAAAAACAAGAAAAAUAAUUAACCUCAAACCAUCAACAACCCCCCACCUACCAUCACGGCCACCCCAAAGGACCGCGACGCCAAAAGACAGCCACAAACGCUGAUGUUGCGGGCUGAGAACGUAAAAGAGGUGACAAUUGUAUACUUUCUAGGACAAGCACGGCUUCUCCUUUUGGUUCCCACGGACCCGGCACCCCACCUGCAUGACGAUUUAUUUGUAUCUGGGAAAAUAUUCUCUCUAGUUUAAAAUGAUUUAAAGAGUCGACUAUACAAAAAACCACCACCACCGCGACAAGACGACAAAAGCAAACAGACAAAAAGAAAAAAAAAAUCUGACCUCUCCAUUCUGAAUUUGUUUUUUUUU